AGGCGUCCCGACGCUGUACGCCACCCCGAGUGACGUUCUGUUUGACACUGUUCUCGUGACAGGCGCGCCAGUCCAAUACACAUUGAUGACGAAUUAUUAGUUAUGUCACUUGUUAAGUGCUGCUUCGAAGCCGAUGCGCCUGGUGUAUUUGAACCCGUCAUACAGAAGUGCAUUGAUCCUGGAUGCUGUUGUUGGUGUUGCUCGGCCCUACGCCCAAGGUACAAAAGACUCGUGGAUAAUAUUUUCCCAGUCAAUCCUCAGGAUGGCUUGGUCAAAAACAAUAUGGAAAAGCUGACGUUCUACUCCCUAAGCAGUCCUGAAAAAUUGGACCGAAUUGGGGAAUACUUGUUUCAACGUGCUUCCAGAGAUAUUUACCGGCGGCGCAAUGGAUUUGUCAUCAUUGCUAUGGAGGCGAUGGACCAACUUCUUGUUGCUUGUCAUGCUCAGACUUUAAACCUGUUUGUGGAAAGUUUUUUGAAGAUGGUCCAGAAAUUGCUAGAAUCAUCAGAACCUCAACUGCAAAUAUUAGCUACACAAUCCUUUGUCAGGUUUGCCAACAUCGAAGAGGAUACGCCGUCUUAUCACACACGUUACGAUUUCUUUGUAUCAAAGUUCUCUGCAAUGUGCCACUCCAAUCACAACGACUUGGCAAUUCGAAAACAAAUACGCCUUGCCGGGAUACAGGGGCUGCAGGGCGUAGUCAGAAAAACACUAUCUGAUGAUUUAGUAGAAAAUAUUUGGGAACCUGUACAUAUGGAUAAGAUUGUUCCUUCACUGCUGUACAAUAUGCAAAAUUCUAGAUAUUCUGAGAAAGAAGAUGCCACCCCGGAAAGUCCAGCUGAAGAAAGAUCAGAUCCGCCACAGUUUGCCGAAAGUUGCAUGCGUGAAUUAGUUGGGCGUGCUUCUUUUGGACACAUACGCUGCGUAAUUAGACCAGUGUUAAGGCAUUUGGAUUUGCAUCAACUCUGGGUUCCCAAUUAUUUUGCGAUCCACACCUUCCGUAUCAUCAUGUUUUCCAUUCAGUCGCAAUAUUCCUACACAGUUAUUGAAGCUUUAAUGACUCAUCUUGACGAGAAUUCUAAGUCUACUCCAAAAAUACGAACAAGUAUCGCCGAUACUUUAUCGAAGAUUAUUUCUAUCGCUGCUGGUGAGAGUGUUGGUCCAUCUGUGUUGGAAAUUAUAAAUUCUCUGUUAUCGCACCUUCGCGUAAGUGUAACAAGAAAUCUGCCAUCAAGCAAUGACGAACAACUUUACCAAGAAGCACUGAUCAAUGCAUUAGGAGAAUUUGCAAAUCAUCUUCCUGAUUAUCAGAAAAUUGAAAUAAUGAUGUUCAUCAUGAGCAAAGUUCCUUACACUGAACCUGACAGUACAGCUUCAGUCGGAAAGGGAGAUGUUUUACUUCAGAGCAUUCUUUUGAAAUCACUACUCAAGGUUGGCACAAAGUACCAAACAAUUCAUUUAAAUACAACAUUCCCAAUAAGUUUCUUGGAACCCCUGCUACGCAUGUCAUUGGCACCAGAUCCUGAAAUGAGAUUGCUAGUGCAAAAAAUUCUGCACACUCUGAUCGACAGGCAUAGCAACAUUGACAAGUUAGCGACACCAACCGUUAACAUAGGAGAUCUGGAACUUGUCAUAGAAAAAUCUUCACGACCUGAUGUAAUCUUCGUUCGUAAGCACGGCCCAGAAAUUUAUCAGGCUCUAUAUGAAUCGUUGGAACUACCAAGCAAUACAGUUGAAAAUAUCGAAGCUGUGUACACAACGCUUGCCUUACUUGCUGUCGAACUCGCAUCUGAAGAAACCGUUUUGGAAUUACUACGACUUGUACUGAGCCUGCAGGACUUGGCCCUUACUAGCGGACAGAUUGGCAAUUCUCUUAAAUUCAAUCUACAUGCCGUCGUGAUGUCCCUCUUGGUUCUUAUUUCGUACGUGUGCAAUAUAACAUCCCUCAUGGAUUAUGCGAGUAAGUUGGUUGAAGCACGUGAGAAAGAAGCUGUGCAUCUUUUACCUGAGCUCAAAUCCCGAUACGAUAGUGAAUCUCAACUUCCAACGCGACUACCACCCUCAGUUAUCAUUGAUCAAGCUGUUGUAAGCGAAUGUCUGAAAGGAGCAGGCUUAGACACUGGAAAGCUACAGCAAGGACCAGGGUACAGCAGUAGCUCUCUUCAGCAUAGACAUUCAUGGGUAGACAGCACUGGCCGAAGUUCAAUGGCUGAUAUAAAUGCUGGUGGAGCGGAACUCGAUAGCGCUGGUUCAUCUCCUGGCGUGCAAAAGAAAUUGCCUGGCGAAGAAUUGACAUUUGAGAGCAUGAAGAGAAUUCUAACAGAGAGCGGAGAGACUCGUAGGGAAGCUGAAGAAGAAAGGCGUCUGCAACUUUCGCAGCUUUUUAGAACUGCACCAUUCCAGGAUCUAGUUGUAAAGACGCAGCCGAAGCAUGACAUGCUUCAAAACAAGUUAUCGGAAAUAUUUAACACGCUCACAGUCGAGCCAAGAAACCCAAUUCAACCAGGAAUCCCACCAGCUGAUGCAAAGCCAAGUCAAACACCGGCAUAUGAAGUUCACUUUCCAGAAUUAUUUGUUUACUGAUUUGAUUAUCAUUCAGACGAUUUAAGAUAAUGGGGUUUGUUUUAUUUGUUUUUAAUUAAUUUAACUUUCUCCAUUUCUAAUUACAUUACAAUUUCUGUACGCUUUAAAUUAGUACAAAGUUAUUUUUGUACCAUUUUGAUCUAAUUCUUUCAUCAACUUUUCGUUACCUCGAAUUCUACUUCUUGACUGAAUUAAUUUUUUUCUUGACUAUAAAUCUAACUGAUACAAUCCCUAAUUAAUUGAAAUAUGGUCUUUUUUGUGUGGCGGCUUUAUAAUUUAUACACAUAUACCUAAUUAAUCCGUACAAUAAUUUUUUCACACGCGAAUAAAGGUUAUUGUAUCUCAUUAUCUAUGUUGGAAUAUGUAAUUAAAAAAUUUCAUCGACAACAAUAACAUUAGAUAAACAUAAGUUGAGCAAUAAAAUACGUUAAUUUACCAUUUAGUUACGAUAUUAUAAUCACUUAGGAGAACAGUCAGUUUGAAUUUUGCUUUUGUGAAAAAUUUCGACGUCUUUCAUAUUUUUACAUAAUGUUUCUAACAUUCCUAAGGAAUUUUCGCAAUCAAUCGUUGAAUUUAAAGAGGGCAAAAGGGGCAAUAAUUUAAAUCAUUAAAAUAAUAUUUAAAGUUUACUAUUAUAUGGCUAGAUGUGUAAUUUUUAAAACAACCUAAAGCUAUUAAUUCAAAUAAUUUCGAAAGCAAUUUUUCCAAAUAAAUUUUCGCAGUAUCAAGAUCUUUUACUACGGUGAUCUAACUUGAUUAAUUCUUAAAAUGAGGUAUUGAAUAUACUGAUUACAUUUAAUGCAAAUCCUUAGGUAAUAGAUGGAAUAUUGAUUACCGCUAAAAACUACAAUUCAUUUGGAAGCAGUCACAACUGCAAGACAGAAAAUACUUUACGAUACUCUAAAGUUGCGUGUGUAUGUACAUACCUAUUCAAUGACUAAUAACAGCCAACGACGCAUUGAAUGGAACACAUCAAAUUAAAUACAUUGCAGUAGCUGCCUACAUGGUAUGUAAACUUUAACACUCGAAUAUAGUUUGAAAAACUUGAGCAAUAUAGAAGGUGUCCAAUAUUACGCAACGGAGAUGCAUAUUGGAACUUAUGCCACAUCAUCAACAUAAAAAGCAGCUAUAAAACAUUAGUUUUAAAAAAUAUUACCGCUUGUAAUUCGUAAAAUUAAAAUAAUGUAUAUUUGAAGUUUUUUAGUUACGGUAUAUGCAUAGCAUAAAAUGAAAAGACGUGUAACUCGUUUCAGUUAAUUCUGAUAUUGCUUACUUGAAUGUUGUGUUACUCCAUCGGAUCUUUUUAUAACAGAUUACCGAUUUUUUUAUCGGUAUUCGAAAUCCCUGACUAUGUGAGUAAGUUACAUUAAUAGAUAUAAUUCCUUCUAUUCUGCGUCGGAGAAUCACCAAAAAAUUCUGUGAGAAUCCUAAUCCUCACCAAGUUAUAGGUAAUUAGACAUUGUUAUACGUAAAAUCUAUAUUCAUCGAAUUGUUAUUUAAUUUAAUUGAUAUUAACCAAUAAAAAUGAACAUGUAAGAAUUCCUGAUUAUUUAGCGUUUAUUUUAACGGAAUGCAAUAAAUGAUAAAUUCAUUUUCGAGUGAAGGUGUAGAUCAAACUCAGUUUCCUUUUUUGUUGGACAUAGCAGAUUGUUUAUUGAAUUUGAUCACAUAAAUUAUGACUAUUGCAUUUUCCAUAUGGUAAAUAUCAUCCAUAUUCAAAUAAUUUGUACAAAAAAUUCACAGAUAGUAAAUAUCCUGAAAUAACCAAAUGAAAUGAGCACAGUUUGCGUUUUAGUAUAUCGUGAAAAAUAGUACAAGAGUUGAACACAGUGAAUUGACACAAAUUAUUUCUCAUCACAAUCACAUAUACGGAUAAGAAAUUUUGGAUUUAAAUGCCACCUGGUUUGAGAGUGGAACGAGUUUGAUUACGAAACUCUCGAAUAUAUAAGUAUUAAUGUAUAUCUAUGUAUGAUCAAGGUAGAUUUCAGGCGUGUAUCAGUUUCAUUACAUACCAUUUGACACAAUUUAUACAUACACAUAAAUACAUGCAUUAUGUAGUCAUUGCUAAGAAGUGAAUUAAGUUUGAUAAAACGAUUAUAGGAGUGAGGUGGGUGGAUAUUAUCUAACUAAU